AGGGAGAGGAAGGGAAGAAGUGAAGGAAAAAUAAGGAAUAAGGGAAGGAGUAAAGGGAGAGGAAGGGAAGAAGUGAAGGAAAAAUAAGGAAUAAGGGAAGGAGUGAAGGAGAGGAAGGGAAGAAGUGAAGGAAAAAUAAGGAAUAAGGGAAGGAGUGAAGGGAGAGGAAGGCUGCAGUACUGUCUCUAAAACUUCUGAUUUUCGCAAUUUUUUAGUGUGUAAUUUUUUCCCCCUAGAGAAACAAAUGACCAAGGAUUCUUUAUGCGGGAUUUAAUGCUAUUACUAACACCCUCACCACCACGGCAACCUAUCACCACCAUCGUCACCACCACCUCACAAGAACAACCUAAGAAGUGUGUGUGUGUGUGUGUGUGUGUGUGUGUGUGUGUGUGUGUGUGUGUUUAAUCUUCAACGCUGUUAGGAUAUGUUGGAAAAUUAUUUGUUUACACUGACACCGUGGGAAAUAUGUACAAAAAGAAAACGUAAAAGUUCCACAAAACGGUGAUACUCAUUGGAUAAUAGACUAUGUAUACGAACGUCAUACGCUUAUUUAACACGUCUUUUGUAGAAUUUUAUCGUAAAGUUUUCGCUAUAAGCUCUAGAAUCGUGGAAUGCAACAAGACGACGACCUGCAACACACACACACACACACACACACACACACACACACACACACACACACACACACACACACACACACACACACACACACCAUGAAAAAACAACAACGAAAGAAAAGACCGAGAGAAUGAAGCCACCAUUUCUCUACGCAGAAAGAAAAAGGAAAAAAACGACAGAAAAGACUUAAGAGGACGUCAGCCUUCCACUGCACAGGAACCUUCACCAUUACAGCUUUUGACAACGAAGUGAACAUUAAACACAAAACACAAAUCUCACAACUAAAGGGAACUAUUACACCCAAAAGUUCAUAAUAUUCAGAGAGGGUGACAGGAAUGAAGAACGAACCAACCGGAUAAGUAUUUUGGGUGAAACUGGUUGAGAAAAAAUAAGUGAUUAAAAAGGUUAUUAAGGUUCAGAAACUACUAAGGAGUGAAAAUGGUUGUGGGAAAGAAAACAUUUAGCAGCGGUCAGGCGGUGAUUGGAUUUAAUAAUAACUUCACUAAAUUCACUACAAACGAUUUUACAGUAAUAUCACUAACGCCAGACGAGCUGACGGGGUCUAGAGUGAAGAGUCCGGGGCUGCUGGAGGACUGGUGGCAGGGGUACCCCGUGUGGCAGGGGCAGAGGGACGCAGCCGUGCCCAUGGUGAUUGUGGUGACCGUGGCGGCGAUGCUUGGGGUGGUGGGGAACCUCAUCGUGGCUGGGCUCCUCUGCUGCCCCUCCCGCUGGCCGCGCACCACCACCAGCUUCUACCUCCUCCACAGAGCCAUUGCCGACACCUGCGUGCAGAUCUGCCAGCCCCUGGUGGUGGUGACGCUGGUGAGUGGCCAACACCCGUGGGGCUGCAUCUUCAACCCCGCCAUGAUGCAGUUGGGCAUGCUGGCCAGUACGGUCUUCCUCUCCGGCCUCGCCCUGGACUCCUACCUAGCGUCCAUCCCUCGCCGAUUCCCCCCGAAGGCCCGCUGGAGGCUGCUGAGGGUGGUGGUGACGGCGGCGUGGCUGGCGGGGCUGGGCAUCUUCACCCUGACAGGCCUUGGAAUCUUCCGCCGCGGGGACAUGUGUCUGGAGGCGCCGCUCUUCCUCAUCCACAGCCACGACGCCUUAUUCGUCUGCCUCCUGCUGGUGUUCCUGCUGCCCCUGCUCGUGUUAGGGGGCUCCAUGGCGCUCCUGCUGAAGGGGAGGACGGCAGAGGCGAUAGGAAGGGGCGGGAGGGCCACGCCAGGCACAACACAAGAGUCAACGGAAACUAGCUCGAGAAAUUUGACUACCGCCGUCUCGCCGCUGCCUCGCCACAUGCGCCUCUUGGCAGCCCUGAGCCUCGUGUUCCUGGUGGCCCACGUGCCCUACUGGACACUCCGGAUACACUACUCGAGGGUGCCGGAGCUGCUGCCCUUCACCGUACACGCCGUGGUCAUCUCCCUGGUGGUGGUGGGGACGGCCCUGGACCCCCUCCUGGCCGUGUGGUUCAGGGUGGAGUUGUGGCAGGGGGUGGUGUCGCACCUCCCUUCUCACCCCGCGGCAGCUGUCCCCCUACACACAGUCUGAUGCCUUAACCUCCCUCUCCACAUGUUCCGAAGCCUCGACCUGUUUCUCCACACAGUUUGAAGCUUCCUCCCUCUCCACACUGUCAAUUUGAAGCCUCGACCUCCCUCACCACAUGUUCCGAAGCUUCGACCCCUGUCACCAUGCAUGUUCACCCAAAAAUCCAUCUUCCUCUGACUCCAGUGUCCACGAACCCACUCCACCACACCUCCCACCACCAUCCCGUGAAGGCAGAACGAGAUGUAACAUCAGUAAAGACAUGAACUACUUGGCAACUACUUGCUCUAUGUAAUUAUUGCCAAAUUACUAGACCAACUUCAUUAUGAUAGGCGCAUCUCUCUCUCUCUCUCUCUCUCUCUCUCUCUCUCUCUCUGCAUUAUAGGUAUGCAUCGAUGUGAUAGCAUUCAGCCGCCGGUGAUAACAUCGUGAGAGAAAAUUGUAACUAAAACCCUUCCCCCUGCAGAGUUUGGCUUCACGAAAAUACAAAUUUACAAGUUUACUCGUAAAUAAAGAAAAUUAGUUAAACUUUACUUGUUUAAUUGGUCAGCCAAAUAUUCCUUUAUACCCACUAAAGUUAACAAGGACUCCAAGUGACCCACAUUCCCAGAGGCUUAAAACAGACAACACAAAUCCCACAGCCAACUUGUCUAAAAGCACAAGUAUUCAUUAGUCUUGUCUGCCAAUCAGUCAAUCCCCAACAAAACCUUGUCCACCCAUACUGACAGCACUGGUGGGGGCUGCACUUGAUACCGAAGGGCUUGCAGUACAAACAAAAUACAAAACCGCAAUUUCUGACACUUACAAUGCAAACAUGAAAGAGGAAUAAUUAUAUACAAACGACAGAGAAGCCCAAUAUUUAAUAAAGAUACAGUAGCAAUGAUAGCUUAAGAAAGUGGGAAACAUGCACUAAUUAUGCCACUGAUUGGAGUAACAUGAAAACUGAGAAAUAACAAGAUUAGCAAUUCCACUCCUCAGAUAAGAAGAAAAGAAAAGAAAACUUUAGAAACAAUGUUCGGGCUAUCACACGCCCCUGGGCAAUUGGCUGGCAAGCUAAGAAUAAAGGAACCGCUUAUCACACACACUUCUAAGGUGAUCAGUAAAUUGAGAAGCAAUGACAAGAUUAUCACAUUUUCAACAUGGCAGAUCAUACUAAAAAAUAUAUUUAAAAGUUUGUUGAGGCUGGGGUGUGUCACAUCUCCUAUGACACUUCCUACAUGUCACAUCUUUUUUUUUUUUUUUUUUUUUACAGCUACGGAGACAGUUCAAGGGCGUAGUGGAAAAAAAAAAAAAAAAAGUCCCGCUACUUACUGCUCCAGAACAGAGGUUAAAGGAGUGUUCUAAAUCAGAGGUCAAUUUCGGGAGGAGAGGUGUCCUGAUACCCUCCUCUUGAAAGAGUUCAAGUCAUAGGCAGGAGGAAAUACAGAUGAAGGAAGAUUGUUCCAGAGUUUACCAACUUUAGCAGCUUUCCGAGUAGUGUCAUAUUUCCUGCAUGGAUACAGCACAUCUACACAAAAAUUUAUUGCCACAAUUCCUACAGGGCACCAGUCACAUUUCCUACAGGUCAUAAUUUAAAUUAUUUCCAACAAGUCAUGUUCCCUACGCCACGAAACCCAGCGUACUCUGGUGCAGCAUCUGCCUAAGACGAAGGGAAAAAACAGUGGUUCUUCUGCCCUGCCGGCACAGUGUCACCUGUACAGAUUGAAUAGAUAUUCUUGUGGCAGCAGCAGAUAAAAACAGCCUUGAAAAAUGCCCUCUUUGUUGUACUACCAUUCAUGACAGGCUUGAGAUAUUCAUUCAAAGGUUCCUUUUUUAAAUUAAUGUAUUCCAGAAAUCAAAUUUUAACUGAUUUACAGUAUAGUUUUAUAAACAUAUGUCAAAAAGAAAUAAAACAUGAAUGAAUAUGUUCUUGAAAUAAAAUUUUAAUUGUUUACAGUUUAGUUUUGCUUCACUUUUGGGCAUUCUUCGUGUUAGCAGAAUUGUAGGAGAUAUGACAGCAUAACUAGGAUAUACGCCGGAUGCACUGACUUGUGUAGGAAAUAUGACGGACUAUGUGUAGGAAAUGUGACAUUACUCCAUUCUUUGUGCUGGUAUAGGAUAUGUGACUACACCCCAUUGAGGCCACUGCUAUGAUUAUGAAAACUACAUACUCAUCUCAUGAUACCCUCCGUGAUCAAUGAAAACUACAUAUCAAUCAUAAGUUAAUAACUCUCAUAAUGGUGAAUAAGAACACUAAAAAUAGGUUAUCAGGGAGGCUCAUGUUACACAAUUAACAACAAAAACUGCCAGCUACUUAAAAGCUCAAAACAUCCACUAUUAUAAGUAGUAACAAGAAAGCAAGUGGACGGCAAAGAAGUUUAACAGAUGCAAGUCUUGUAUAAUUAGUGAAACAAACCAAUAAAAUAACUGUAUAUAUGAUGCUUUACAAGACCACAAUAUAUUUCUGCCAACUCUACAGCAUACCGUGCCCAGAUGAUUCAUGAUACAAAAUAUGAACCAUUAAAUUCAUAACACAUUUGCUGCAUGAUUAAUGGUGAAAACUGAAGAAGGUAACGUUGAGGGCAUACACUUAAGCUACGGAUGGCCUCAGUGCUCAUCUCUGUCACACUGGCCAAUGAGCCUGUGAAAUCUGCUUAGUGUUGUAUCACACUGAGUGCUAAAACAUGAACUCCUAUAUUUUACUGGCAAGAUGACAACACUCUUCUCAAAGGAUCAAUGACAAAAACUGUAGAUCACCUCAAAUCAUAGCAUAUCUGUUACCAUGAUGAUUAAUUGUAUUAGGUACUAAAAAUUAUUGAUUCCUAUUACAUGCACUUCUUAUGUGGUUACUAACUAAAGCAACUGAAAUUCUAUCAUGUUCACUAAUUUUAUUUAACACUAAACAGCUGAAGGGCAAGACCAAAGAGACAACAACACAGCCCGCCUGAUCAGCACUGGUCCUAUAAUAGCAAAUAGAAAUGAGCAGACAAAAGAGAUACAGGUGAAGCUUAAAUUAGGGAUACAUGCUCUAGUGUCUUGCAUCAGCACUCACCUCUGUCACAGCCAGCACCUCAGGACGUGGGGCUGAACAUUGUUACAAACCCUAAGAAUUACUGACAAGUUUAUCCUAUACACUUUUGUCAUGAUUUGCUCUGGUAAAAGUUCACAGUUUUGUAGAUUUAUCUCUGCAGAUCACAAAAAUACAGGCUCUUAUAGUCACCGCAGAGUAAGUUGGUUCAGAAGCCUGGCCCUCCCUCACCCUCCCUCCAAGGUAAGUGACUCCUAGGGCCGCUUUCACAGUCAUCUUGUUUGUUUUGAUCGUUACCAAUGGUGGCGAUCGCCGCUAUAGUGUUUCCACGUAAAACUGGCCAAUGGGGUAGUGGCAGCUGUGGGGUUAGCCUAGCCCCGCACCUUGUCACACACUCUCAACACCUCUCACUUCCUCUGCAGCCACCACUACCCCAUAGGCCAGUUUCAUGUGGAAAACUAUGUUGUCAAUCGCUGCCAUUGGUAACGAACAAAACAAACAAAGUGACUGUGAAAGCAGCCCUAACCCCAACCUCCUUUCAUUCAGCCAAUCAGCUCCCUGGCGAUGGAAGAGUGGGCGGGACUUCUGGACCACCUUUGGGUAUGGCGACUAUAUUAGAAGUGAUGAAUGAUGUGUUGCAGCAUUGAGGUCUGGUGCAUCAAUACGUAUCACAAUCUUGAGGAAUUUUAGCAAGUAUGAGGCCAAGUGGAUUAUUACCUAUUAAAUUAAUCUAAUGCAUUGUAAGAUUUCUGCAUUACAAUUAGGAAAUACUAAUAAGACUACAAUCCUCUGCUGAUUUUAGGAGGAAAAUGGAGGGAGAGAAAAAGAAGGCAGAAGGCAGAAUGAAGGUGGAAAGAAGUCAAUGUAGUGGAUUAAAAGUGUGUGUGUGUGUGUGUGUGUGUGUGUGUGUGAGAGAGAGAGAGAGAGAGAGAGAGAGAGAGAGAGAGAGAGAGAGAGAGAGAGA